CACUUUGAAGUAUUCCUCCUCGCAUUCACGAAGUUGUCAGCAAACUCCACGGAGCAACAGCCUGCGUGGCAGCAGCGGCGGGAGCCACAGAGACACCGCGAGAGACUGAGAGAGAGACUCGGGGGAGGGUGUUUGUCUGACGCUGCUUAACUUGCAACAGCACAACACGGACCAAUGUAACUUGUAGAAACUGUUUUAAAUAAGCAGGACAUUACUGACUCUUGUCAGCAGAAGGUGGGUGUGCUGCUAGCAUGGAGGCACAGAACAACAACCAGUCCACCUUAGACAACCACAACAAUCUCUACAAAAUACCAGAUAAGGAGGAUCAGAAAAAUGUGCCAGGCUGUAGAUACUGCUGCACUCUGGCAAACCUCCGCAUAGAGAAGAAGAUUGGUCGGGGCCAGUUCAGUGAGGUCUAUAAAGCCACAUACCUGCUGGAGGGACAGCUGGUUGCACUCAAGAAAGUCCAGAUCUUUGAGAUGAUGGAUGCUAAGGCUCGUCAGGACUGCAUCAAAGAGAUAGAUCUACUCAAGCAAUUGAAUCAUCCCAAUGUUAUCAAAUACCUUGACUCCUUCAUUGAAGACAAUGAGCUCAACAUUGUUCUGGAGCUGGCAGAUGCUGGAGAUCUGUCCCAGAUGAUAAAGUACUUCAAGAAGAAGAGGCGCCUCAUACCAGAGAGGACUAUAUGGAAGUAUUUUGCACAGCUCUGCAGCGCCCUGGAGCACAUGCAUUCACGUAGAAUAAUGCAUCGUGAUAUCAAGCCAGCCAAUGUGUUCAUAACAGCCACAGGGGAAGUAAAGCUGGGUGACCUGGGAUUAGGCCGCUUCUUCAGCUCUAAAACCACAGCAGCGCACUCCCUAGUGGGGACACCUUACUACAUGUCACCAGAGAGGAUCCAUGAGAACGGAUACAAUUUUAAGUCAGAUAUCUGGUCCCUGGGAUGUCUUCUGUAUGAGAUGGCAGCACUGCAGAGUCCAUUUUAUGGAGACAAGAUGAACCUACUUUCCCUCUGCCAGAAGAUUGAGCAGUGUGAUUACCCUCCACUUCCACCUGACCAUUACUCUGAGAAGCUGCGGGACCUGGUUAGCAUGUGCAUCAACCCAGACCCAGACCAGCGACCAGACAUCAUCUUUGUGCUGCAGUUCGCCAAACAGAUGCACAAGUGGACAUCCAGCACCUGAGCUCCUUUUCUGCUCCAAGCCCCUCUCUGCUCAGUCUGAGAACCUCAAACCAUUUGGCACAAGAUCUGCCUGCUCUUGCAGAAAAGUGUUUGCCUUAGCCUCUUCUCCACAGGAGGAAACUCUGGAAAGACUUCCAGUUCCACUUAUGUCCUGUCAUGGAGGAUGUGAAGAGCUGUGUUAUUGGUGUAGCACUCAUAGAAAGUGGAGUUUAUGACACCGCACUUAUUCAUGUGAGAUUUGACUGCAUUUCUGCUCUUUUCUAUAGCUAUGGAUAGGGAGUUGUGUCUCACUGUGAUCACAGAUUUCUCUAAGCUUUCUUUGGUAUUACUCCACAAGGGUUGCAUUCCAAGUUUAUACCCUGUGUGUCAGGUAGAGUGAGUGCAGUAGAGAUUGGGAAUUUACUUAUCAUGUAUCGUAAUCAUUUUGUCUUUUAACUUGUCAAAUUGAAUGCAUAAUUUAGGGAUCUAAAUGGACAAUCAGUAAAAACGUAAUAGCAGUUAUGAAGUCUAAUUUCUCCAAGAAAGCAGCUAAGUGUUAGCUUGCAGUGAGUCAGUUGUGAUGGAGAUCAGCCUAACGGCUUGAAAUUUCAGUCAUAUAUUUCUAUUAAGAAAGGUUUUUGUAUGGAAGCCAGAGUCAGUGUGGUGGUUUUCAACUUAACUUUGCCCAAAAUAGACUAACAAUUGACAAAAUAACCAUUACUCAAGGUCUGCUAAGUUUUACCAACACUUUCAACAACAUCUCAUGGUCUUCAUUAGCAGAUAGAGCUUGCUCUGCUAUAAAUGAGAACUUUUACAAUCAACUUUCACAACUGACAAACCCCAUGUGCUGAUGAAGACCAUGUGGUGUGCUUGAAACUGGUAAAACUUAGUAAUUGGAACCACCCCAUUAUUUCCAAGGUGAAGAACUUUCAGGUACAAUAUUUUGAUUACCUCUGAAGCUGUAUUAAUUGAUUUUUGGCCACUUGGGGCAACACAGCAAUCUGAAAAAAAGCAACACUGACAUAUUUGGUAGCAAUAUUUGGUCUAUUUACUCACCCAGCAGAGACAGAGAAACUUUAUCCUUCAUCUGGAGUGGCCUUUAUAUCCACCCAAAGAAUGUAAGUCCAAAAUUCACUCUCCUUUCAGCUCUGAUUUGGUCAUCACCAACUCCUGAGAAGAACUUUCUGGUCAUUUAGAUUCUAAAUGCUCCACUAUGUUCAAUAGCUUGUCUCUAACUUUGGGCCAGUCCCAAUACCUACUUGUAUGAUGUAUUUCCCUUCACUGCCACAGGGCCCACGUGCCUGUUAAAACUGUAGAGAAUGGAGGUCAGUUGGACACAGCAAUUUAAUGAGGCCAUCGUGUCCUUCAUGCAAAUACAAAUACAUGGCUCAGUGAAGCUCGGGGCUUUGAUUUUAUUUUCACAAAAAACAUGUAGGAUCGACGAUACAGCAGAACAUUCACAAUCAGAUGACAGCAAAAGACAACACACAUUCUGCAGCUGGGAAGGGUAAUUCAAUGAGAUUCAAGAGAGGUCACUGAGUUAGUCUGUCUAACACCAGGUUCACACUGGAUGCAAAAGCGCCGCAAAGCAUGCUGAUUUUCUAUGUGCCUGCUGGCUUUCGGUGUCCAUGUUGACCAUUUAAGCUGUUCACACUGGACGCAGUGCAGUGUCGAGCCCGGUCAAGUUUUUCCACGAUCUGCAAGAGAACCUGCCAAGAAAACACACUGACGAUGUAUUGUAAACAAUAUAAAAUAUAUAUUAGAUAUGAUCUGAAUGAUCUGACUGUGAUAAAUGAUAGAAUUAGCACCCCAUGCUUCCACAGUCAGUUGUGUCUAAACAGAGAGCGAGCGAGACGAGCAAACAGACAGAGACAGAGCUCUAUAUGUUAUUUAAACAGAGCAGAGAGCAAUAUCACUUGCUGACUGGCGUGCACCUCUGGUGUGACCAGCCAGGCAACUGCUGACAGGAGAGUCAACAUAUCACUGCACUUCUGCAUCAAGUGUGAACCCAGUGUUAGAUCCUCAGGCAGGGAAAUCCACAGCUGAGGUGCCCGGACAACAAAAGCUUGGUCACCUUUAGUGAGAAGUUGAGAUUUUGGAACCAUUAGUAGAGCUUUGUUGCAGGAUCUCAGGCAACGAUCACGCUCUUAGGGAAUUAACAUGUCACAGAUAUACGCAGGAGUCUGACCAUUCAAGGCUUUAAAAACAUGCAGUAAAUCUUAAAAUCAAUUCUAAAACUCAUAGGUAACCAGUGAAGGGCAGUGAGGGUCAGUGUGAUGUGGUUGCUUCUCGAAAUAUAAGUUAAAAGCCUGGCAGCAGCGUUUUAUGUGAGAUGCAAUCUUUGGAUGUUUUGCCUGCUGAUGCAAGAAUAAAGUGCCUUGCAAUAAUCAAGUCAGGAGGAAAUAAAAGCAUAGGUCACCUUUUCUAAAUCUGCAGUGGAAAGAAAUGAACCUGAUCUUCAUUAAAUGUCUUAGUUGUGCAGAGCAGGACUACACCACUUCAGUAACCUGGGCAUCAAAAGAGCACUGAGUCAAAGAUGACUUCCAGGUUAUAGGCCUCUUUUAAAUGUUUUUACACAGGGCACCCAGUCUACAAGAGAUAUUGUUGAUGGUACCAGUACUGGAAAUGGAGGGGGUCAUUAUAAUUUCUGGUCAUUUAAUUCUUGAUUUCAGUGAAGCAGUACAUAAAACAAGAAACAUUGGUGGUGCCAGGCUUUAAUGGGACAUACAGUUGCGUAUCAUGUGCGUAGCAAUGAAAUCUAUACUGUGUUUACACAUGAUAUGCCCUAGAGGUAACAUAUAGUAAAUAGGAGGGGACCCAGGAUAGUCCCCUGGGGGACACCACAAAAGAGCAGUGCAUGAGAGAUUGAGGCAUCUCCAAGUAUGACAGAGAAGGGCCUGUUAGACAGAUAGGAGAAACCAAUCUAGAGUCACAUUACCAAUACCAACAAAGUUGUAUAGGUGAUUGUUGAAGAUAUUGUGGUCCACUGUGUCAAAGGCUGUGCUGAGGUCAAGGGGAAUUAAAACCAAAAUACUGGGCAGGGAGGUUCUAACUUAAGAUUCUAUUGACUUGCAUUCUGGGAAAUACAGUAUCUAGUUCCUCUCUGAAAUCUUGGUCUUGCAAAUCCCCCAACAGAAAUGCAGCACUAAAUCACUGAAAUAACCCUUAAGUUAUGAUUGCACCUCUGUAAAAACAAGACAAUGAGGUUGUGAUCUAUAGAUAAAAUCAGCAGCAGUAGCAGCCACAACAGAAACUCUCCCAAAUUUCCAGCUGCCCAGUCUCUGUGUGAAGUCAUUGUCUUUGCUCCUGGAUGUAAUACUCCCAAACUGUGCUAAUCUCUGACUUAAUCCUUUCAGAUAAUUUUUAACUCACUCUAUUUUUCAUUUGUAAGGAUUUUUAUGUUGCCUUUUGCAUAUUAUUUUUAGUGUAGUGGAUUUAAGAAGGAAAGAAAAACUUCAUAAAUCAUCUUUUGUUCAAGGACUAGCUUGUAAUUAACGUUUAGAACUUUGAUCCUUAUGGUUUCCUUGGGAAACUAUGGAUAUGGCUGAGUAUUGAUUGCUGCAGUGGCCUUUAUUGAAUCUGUUCAUCACAAAUCUAAGACACACAGAGCUGUACAAAGUGUUGAUAUGUGUAAACACAGACCAAUAUUACUGUGAAUCUGUUAUAGAAAUGAGAUGCUGUGAAAGUCAUCAUUAUAGAUAGUACCAAGCAAGAAUAUCUUUUAAAAAAAAUAUCUAAUGAAUAGUGCCUUAUCGUACAGAAUCACUGAACAGUAUUUUUAAUUAUUUGUUCUUGACAACUUCUACUCGGAUAAUAUAGUUGAUGUAUGACAUACCCAGGAUGGGACAAAUUUAGACAAUUUAUAGCAGUAUAGUAUCUUUAUCUUCCAUCUACUGUACUUGUUGAAUAUUGCCUUUUCACUCAAUGUAUUGUGCCAUUAUGUUUUUACCAUUGUACUUUUCUUUGCAACAUGACAUUAAAUUUAGCUCUGCUGGAAA